UCCAAUCAGAGAGAAGCUUUUGCCCGCGUAGAAUCAAAGCCACACGACCUCCAAAGAUGAAAUAUACAAGAAACAAGAAAAGAGUUGGAGAUUGUUUACUGUCAACGUAUCAAUGUAUAAAAACCUAAUACGACGAAUCAAGGGGUCUGCAUGCCGUCUCUACAAUACACAGUGUUGCCAUUCUUGGAUAUGUCUGACAAAAAAUCGCCUCCUAGAAAGGAGAAGCCUAUUUUUGUACGGACACCACAGUCAGAAAACAAAUCGCUGAAGAGAAAGAUCUUAUCAUCAGAAUCACCCCCACACGACGAAGAAGAUAAAAAAGUUACACCAAAGAGAAAGAAGACUUUUAACUCUGACAUCUCACCUCCCCAGGGGAUUGUCCAGCUACCAAAAACCCCCACCAGUGGGAUAACAUCACCUCGUACAGGCCCUCUGUCAGAGAGGCAACAGAUGUUGAUACUAAUGCGUAUGACAGAUGAAAACUCACAAGAUUCAACAACAAAUAAACCAGCCUCUCCACAGCCAAACAUCCCUAUACCAAAAAGAACGCCUAUAGAUAAGAAAGUACACAAACGAAAUGAGAGAGGAGAGACACCUCUACAUAUCGCAGCUAUUAAAGGAGAUGUUAAACAGAUAAAGAAACUUAUCAAGGCUGGGGCUGAUGUUAAUGUUGCUGAUUUUGCAGGUUGGACCCCAUUACAUGAAGCUUGUAAUCGAGGAUGGGUACAAGUUGCAAAGCAGCUGUUGAAAGCCGGUGCAAAUGUUAAUGUUCAGGGUCUAGAAAAUGACACACCAUUACAUGAUGCUGUUAUAAAUGCUCAUAGUAAACUUGUGGAAUUACUGUUGAAACAUGGAGCUAAUCCACUUCAACAGAACAGUACAGGGAAGUCUCCGGUUGACUUGGCUAGCUCUGUUGAUAUGGGCAAGUUACUGAGGAAGGAGAUUAUUACAUCAAGUAGUGAUAGUUCCAGUUUGGAUGAUAUGCGAUCACCUGCCUCACCUGAAAGUAUUUCCUCGUUAAAAGAGGAGGAUUUCAGGAACUCUGAUAAUGAAGAAAGAGAUCUGAUCACAUCAAGGCUAGCUAAAUCUGAUGGCACUUUUGGUUUUGGAAGUUCACAGGGACCAAGCAGUCGCAGGAUGUUAAUUCCAAAGACACAGGAAUCCCCAAGACUAUUUUUAAAAUUUCACAGAGAAACAGGGGAUGAAGUAAGUGACAAACAAAAGGAAGUGACAUCAUACAGUGUUAUUAUGGGAAUGAGUGACAAGAGAUCUUUUUCUCCAGCUGAUAGUAAUGUGUCAAGUGUGGAUAGUGACCUUUAUGACCCUCAUCUGGAGGCAAAAAGUAACAAUACAAAAACAUGUCAAGUUGAAAAUGAAAGUGAUAUUUCAUCAACAAAUGUGCUAACAAAAAAUAAUGUGACGUCAUCUGUGAUUAACCCUAAUAUGGAAUUUCAAAAUUUUGAACGGCUUGAUAAUUUAGAACCAGACAGUCAAAGCAUGGAUUCCUCUAGGAAGUUUUUUACAUCAGAGAUGCCAAAAGAGGACUUGGAGUCAUUUACUGCGCAAGGAAAUAUGAGUGAUUCAGACGUUAAAAGUAAUAGUGAUAAAUGGGAUUACAUUCCAAGUGUUGUUGAUUCAACUCAUACUCGAUUAAAAGAAGAUAAAUUAUACAGUCAAAAUUCAUCAAAUCAUAGAACGUUGUCUUCAUCAAUAUCUCAGUCUGUUACAACUAAUUCGGUGAAUAGUUUAACUUCAGUUGUACCUUUUUCUUCAACAGAACGGACUAGUACAAGUAACAAUUUACAAUGUUUCUCAAAUUUUCCUCGACGAAAUAGUAUUUCUAGUAAUGUUGUCUCCUCAAAUGUUGGACCUAGUAAUGGGGCUUCUGGUGAUAAUAGCUCUGAAUCAUUAGUGACAACCAGUGGAUUGAAGUGGGAAUUGAGGUCUGCUUCUUCACCUCGUGUUGAAGACGAUAGUAAUUUAUCUGGGAAGUCUGAAAGUGAUAGGGUGUCGUCACCUGUACGGUUAGACAAAGACAUAAGAAAUUCACCAAGAAGUGAUAAAGAGAAAGACAGUCGCUCUUGCUCACCAAAAGUUCCACCAUUAAAAAUUAUUAUUCCACAAAAAAGUUCAUCCUCAUCUUCUAGUGAAUCAGAAUCAUUAAAAAUUCAUGUGUCAAAGGCAGCUUUGCCAUAUGUGUUAAAUCCAGGGGAAACAACUCAAGUGUCGACUGCUGCUGGUGCCCCUGUGUCUUCACUUUUAGCACAGGAAUCACUGCGACCAUCCAGCCCAGCAUCAUCACGACCAUCCUCAAGGGCAAGUAACACAGCCUCUGUAUCAAAAGAAAAUGAAAAAGUUAUAAAAGAGGAAGAAGACAGACUGACAGAUGAUACACUUGGAAAAGUAGAAAUGACAGAAGAGGAAAAGGAAUCAGCAAAAUGUAAGGAAGAGGAGAAAAAAGAUGAAGCAAAUCAAAAGUCUACACGGACCUUGAGGUCACAUACAAAAGAAAUACAGAAGCAACAGGAAAAACCAAAAGAGAAGGAGAAGGAAAAAGUUGACAAAGAAAAGGAUAAAGAAAGAGAGAAAGAAAAACUCUCAAUUAUAAAUUCAGAUCAGUCCAUGAGAGACGAUGUAUCAGUUUCAUCAAAGACGGCAAAAGGUGAUGAGGAUGAUACACAGUCUUCAGUGCAGCUGCGGAAACGUAAUUUGCGACCGAAAAUUGAACCAACAGAACCUCCUGUUCCAACUUUACCUCCAGUUACUUAUGAAAAACCACCUAAUCCAUAUGAAACAUACCUGGCUAUCAGAAGACAGAAGAUUAUAUUUCAACAGAAGAGUUUAUCAGUUGUACAACCAAAGCCACCACAAGGUUUUAAAGAUUAUCUUUUAGUGAACUGUAGUUACGUUCUUCAGGGGAAUUCAGCCAGUACUCUUUCUGUACCAAUGCUUUCACCUCCUAAUUCUGUUACUGAGAAGAUGCGUGAUUUAUUUAUAGAACAAGAAAAGGCACGCUACAAACUUAGGUUGCAGCAUCUGACAGAAAGGGAGAAACUAAGGUUGGCCUUAGAACAAGAGAAGAUUAGAGAACAUGGUCGUGCAGCACGAGCAUCUAGUAAUCAAAAUUUACCACUUAGUGUAUGUACAUUGAUGAAAUACGAUGACACUUGUAACAUCAAUGACUUCGAUCAGUCUGAUGAAAAGGAAAAGACAUCACGCUCAAGAUAUAAUGGCAGACAGUUUUUGUCAUGGAUUAAAGAUGUCGAGGACAAAUUCGAAAAAAUUAAGAACGCAUUAUUACUACGACAUCAUAACGAGGCAGAAUCUUUAUUUGCUGUACAAAAAAUGGACUGGGAAUGUAAAAUGAAAGAGUUUGGACUUUGUGACAAAAAUCGAUUGCCUGUUGUAGAAGAACUUCAUGUUCCCAUGGUCCAAGUUAAUGAUGAUUUUGAAUUGUUGCCUUCAUAGUGUUAUGUUACUUGUUAGUGUAAUACAUUGAACAUUCAGUAAAUGUUUUUUGAGAGUUUGAUUUUUAAUCUCUGUUUUAUCAAGAUAAAGAUUGCACAAGUGCAAUAAAAUGCCUGUAAUUGAAUUGUUAGAUAAUUUAAGCCAUCUGCCUUACCUUCAUAAUACAUGAAGUGAACUGUCUUUAGAUCCAAUCCAUACCCCUAUCAAGCAAUUAAUUAUUAAUAGAUACUUAGAUAUUCAGCAUACUUGUGAAGUUAACCAUGAUAUUAAAAAUUACAAAAGUUGCAGAAAAUAGAAAUGGUUUUACCUGCAAUUGUGACAAAGGGAGAUAACUUAAAAAUAAAAAUGAAGCUCACAUUGCAAAUUUAAAGGCAAUCUUUACACCCUCAGUUCUCACAAGUACUUUGAUUUUUUCAAACUUUUUAAUUGGAAAUUUUCUUCCAGUACAUAUAUGAUUAGAAAAUAAGAUGUUUCAAGUUUCAUUAAGAUGAGAAUUUUUAAUACUCAUUCUGAAAGUUAAAUGGUGGAUCGUUUCAUGUAACUGUUAAUACCAUCAGUAAACCAAGCACUUGAAAAAUCAAUGCCAUUUUUUUACAUCAAUUUUAUUUUUGUACACCCCUACAGACACUUUUAAUAACCACUCGGAAAGGAUGUAAAACUCAAUCCUUUGAGGAAAAAAAAACAUUUACUGAAUGCGUCUAUAGGGCCUAUUGUAAUAACUUACUUCUCUCUCAGUGCUAUAUCUUUACAGAGUUUUAUUUAUUUCACAUGUUUUAAUUUUAUGUGCAUUUUUGCUUGUAAAAGUUACUCAUUUUGUGAGCCAUGAACACUUGAAAUAAAACAUUUGUUAGUUAAGAUACAUAUAUAUAUUUACCAAUAUAUGGUAUUAUUUGAUGCACAUGCUUAUUUCUGAAAACCAGUUACUAAGAUAAAGGAGAAGGUAUAAAAAUACUAUCUUUGUCCUAAAUAUUCAUAAAUAUAAAAGAAAACACAAUUUUAAAUUUACCUAUUUGUCUUAGAUCCUGUACAUUUUUUGCUUUUAGGCCUUCGUACGUCUUUAUUGAAUGAAAGAAUGCAAAAUUUUCCUUAUUAGCCUCCAUUUGAGAUCUUUAAUAAUUAGAUGUGAGUAACAAUGUUACCUAAAAUGAUCAUUUGUUGCACGAUAUUUUAUACAAGAUGUUAGAGUAAAUAAAAUAUACUUUUGUGUAAAGCUGUUGCUCACAUUUUACCAAAAAUUGUGGACCCUGCUACUAGUUUAGGUUAAGUUAAAUAUGUCCAUUUUGACAUAUGAAUGAAGUCACAGUGACAUCACAAAUGGCAUUUCUGAACUAAAGUGACCAGACUACAUCAGCCUUUUCAUUUGUUAAUAAAAUUACACAGAUUUGAAAAGAUUUUAGAAUUUUUACUAUUUUGGCAAUCUCGGGGUCCAAUUUAUAAUACCUUCUCCUUUCUCCAUUCUAUGUACUACAUAUGUCUUAAAACUUUAUAUUUUAUGUGUAUGCCCCAUUAAUACUUAAAUAAAACAAAGGUUGUAUUUGAAGGAAAUAGUUUGGAUAAUUUAAAAUCAUAUUUGUACUUGUGAAGUACCUACACCGUGUGAGUGGCUUUAUAGACUUGCAUUAUAUUAUAGUUGUGAUUAUUUGAACCCUCAACUUAUAUUUUAUGAUGACAAGACCAUGUAAAACAUCUUGUUCCUAAAUACUAAAUUUUACAUGAAAUAUUGCACUAUUUCUCUUUAUGCAAGUAAAAAAAAAUAUUGUUUCAAUUCUAUAUAGCUUCACAAAACAUUUAGAAAACAUGAAAAUAGGAAAAAUUGUUUGUGACAUCAGUAAGUAAAAUGCUUUAUUGUAUUGUAUUCACACAAUUUCUUUGUAUGAAGUUUAAGGGACAAAUAUGCAGUUUUCUGCCACACUGGAAAAGUAUUAAGUUGUAGUAGCCAUUACCAAUAUUUACAGUGAAAAUCAGCUAUUUUUUUGUAACAAAGAGUGAUCAAAUGUAACGUUAAAUGUUUGAUAAUGAUAUACAUUGUUAUAAAUUUAAGACAAAGAAAACGUUGUCUACUAAUGUUUCUGUAAGACAUUACUGCUCACACUUUGUACUUGCAUCAGUAUGCAGAAUUACAAAAGAAAAGUACAUUAGAUUCAAAGGUGUAAAAGUCAUAUAUUGUAUAAAUAUUAAAGAUAACACAAAAUUUUUUCAAUAAAAAAAUAUUGCUGAUGCCUUUAAAUUGAAUGGGAGUUUUUGCACUGCUAGGUAUUUUUGCUGUUGUUGGUUUAAUGGUGUUUUGUCCAUGCUAUUUACAAUAUUUUUGAAUAUUUACAAGCAAAUAGGAAUUUUUUACAUGCACAGGUUUAUCUCUUUUCCUAAUUUUCUGUUGUUUAAUUUUGUUUGGUAUAUUUUAGUUGUUAAGAGUGUCUUCAUUUGUUUAAUGUCCUUUUGCCUCUUAUGUAUGUUUUUGUCUCAAUUGAGUAUUUAGGCUGAUCCUCUAUUAAAUAGCAACGUCUUUGUGAAAGUGCACAUGUUGAUCCUUGAAACUUUCAGGAUGCAGCCAUUUAAUCUAAUUCUAUUAAAAGAAUCCAAUUUUGAUUUCAAUCACAAGCUUCAUGGCAUUGCACAAAUUUUCAUUUUUUACCAUCUUCAUUACGAAAUAAAGCUUCUAGGCCAAAAUCUUUUAUAGAAGGAUUUUUUUAGUAAAUGUCAAGUACAUUUUCAUUUGGGAAAGCAAUUUCAACAGCAAUCAUUUAAUUCCUCAUAUAAAGAUUAUUUUUUCAGUGCUAGAUUUUUAAAAACCUCUGAUGAGAAACAUUAUUUUUAAUAUAAUAACGGAUUGAGUGGUGUAAUAUAUUGACAAUCUGUUGUAAAUCAUGUAACAAAGACAUCUAUAAUUAUUGUUGUAUAAAACUUCAUUUUAUGUAAAUAAUCUAGUGUUGUAAAAAGAAUUAUACCUAUGACCCAAGGUCACUAAUCUUCAAAGUGCAAGGCCAUUGUCUCAUGCUGUAUGGGUCAUGGUAAUGUUAUGUAUAUAUUUUGCUUGCAUCUCAUCCUUGUACAGUCUCAUCAUUGUCAUAUUGCAUAAGGUUUAUAAAUAGUCACAUAUCAAACAGACAAGUUAAUUUUGCUUGUAGAUAUUAUGCUUUCCUUGAAGCUAUUUGGACCAACUUUAAUCUGUCUUUAGACAUUUUCCACAUAUGAUAUAUAAUGGUAGUGUUUUGAUUGCACAUGAAAUUAGUAUUUCUAUUUCAAAACUAAUUAAUAUAUUUUUUACAUGUAAGGUUCCACUUUUGAUUUUUGGUUCAUUGCCUCUAUUAGAACAUGGCUUUAUUUUUUUGAAAAUAUCGAAAUUCUAGCCCCUUUCAUAUGAUUAUUUUCAGUAUUAGUUGAUUGAAGACUUUUCAGGAAAAUGUUAAAAAUUUAAGACAAUUAUGUAAAAAUUUAUCCUUCUUUAAAAAACAUACUACAGCUAUGUCUGGUUACUUUGCCUAUUUAUUUGAUUGCAACAAAAUUAAUCCAUAAAAUGUAGAUCAAGUUAAAGAAUGCAUGAAUAUGAUAUGAUUUGUUUUGUUUUAAGUAAGUAUCAACACUUUCUAAAUUACCACAAUAGUUAUUUGAAAAAAACACAGAUCCAAAUAUAUAUAUAUUUACAAUUAGCAGCUCUGUCUUUAGUUCUGAAUAUCUAUGUUUACUAGAAGGGAAGAUGACCUCUUGUCUUAACAUUUUUCCUGUCACUUGAAGAAAAUUUGACUGAUUCUUAAAAAGGAAUAAAAGAUCAAAUGAGUCCCGAUUUAGUGUCUUUGGGGACAAAAGAAUCAAAAAGAAGGAAACUGUGUACUAAACAACAGUUCCAAACUAAAUAUUAAGUGUCAUCCUUUGUCAAGGUAGACAAUUCAGUUCAUAAGCAUUUUGAAAUUUUGCAAAUGUUUUCUCAUGUACAGGUGAUAAUUUGUAACAAAAAUAAGAGCAAAAAGAAUUGACUCGACUUUUGUUGGUAGCAGCUGAUCAACCAUUUCUUAAAUGACUUGUAUUGUAUUAUCUUAUCAUGUGACUACACAGAUCAUAUGCUUCCUUCAUAUUAUGAUCAUGUGACUAUUUGUUCUAGGAACUUCUGUAAAUCUAUUGUACUUGUGAACAAACCGAAUGGUAAAUAAAUAGAUAAAAACCUUA